AUGUCGUUUCGUCAAGCUGAUUGUCCCCGUCACGGUGCAUGCGCUACGGGAGUUGGCGUUGGAGAACGGCUCUUUACCGUCACUAAACGCAAUCAAAUCGAGGUGUACUCAUGGGGUAAAGAAGGAUUCGACCAGAAGUUACCUCUCCCGGAACAAUUAAAGUGUCUUACGGUUCUUCAUCACCCAGUGCCAGACAUUGAACUGCCAGUGCUGAAACCACAGUAUAGAGUCCCGUGGCUAUUAGCAGGUGGUCUGGCUCUGGGGAGAAUCUACAUUUGGGAAUUAGCUCUGGGGAACUUGUUGUGUGUCAAAGAUGCUCAUUAUCAGCCAGUGCUGGUUCUUCAGUUCUCACUGCGUGGGGAGUACUUGGUAUCGGCAGGCGAUGACGGGCGUGUACUUAUAUGGCGUACACAAGAACUUAUAAACUCCUAUGGCGUUGGUGACGACUUGCGGCUGGUGAAACCUUACCAAUCUAUCACUGAUCACACCAUGCCGGUUACUGAUAUAUUGAUUGGUAAAGGCUUGAGUCCUGAUCAGCGAUUGUAUACUGGCUCGCGUGAUGGCACGUUACGUAUCUACGACUUAUCGUCGCGCAAGUUACUCACCACUUUAGUGUUACCGCUGCCAGUGGAAUCGUUUGCUGUCGACCCUGCUGGUAGAUCAAUUUACGUUGGACUCGAGCUGGGGAUCAUUCGUACGGUGCCCUUAUAUCAUAUUGAUCCUCAUACGCUGGUAUUAGAGGCAAUUGGGGGAAAUGGAAAAAUCAUUACGAUCGAAGACGACUUCAACUUGACACUGCUGUUUGUUCAACAUCAGCAAGAAGCGGAGGCAGCGGUGACCGCUUUAUCGAUUUCAAUGGAUGGCAUGAAUAUUGUGCUGGGUGAUACGCGGGGUCGAGUGUUUGUGUCCGAUGUAGUUACCCGCCAGGUGGUAAAAGCUUUUCCGGCUGCAAACUCCCCUAUUUCUGUGAUACUGGUGUUCCCGAUUCCCUCAAAGGAGAAGCAGUUAGUUCUCGAUAAAAAGCAUCGACUUAUUCCUCAACUUAAACGGAUCAUGGUUCUGGAAAAUCCGUUGGAACAUCUGCUUCACAUGGAAAUUCCUUCUAAGCCUCAGACAGAACCCAGUUUUGAUACCUGGAUUGAAACCGUUGCCAAUGAUGAGGUGAGUUUCAAGCAGAUGGGCGCAGUGUCGUCAACAGUGAGACAGUCGGUAGCUACGCAGCCCUCAACGCAAAGCGAAGAACUUGCUAAAAUUACCACAGCGUAUAGCGAGCUCAAACAAAAACACGAGCAAUUGCUUGAAAAGUAUACUGAAAUGCUUGAGUAA